AAAGCUGUUAUCCUUUCUUUGUUCCUCCAUUUCUAGGGUUUCUAUCGUUCUUUCUUCUUCAGUUCUGUUACCAAGUGAUUGUACGGAAGAGGAACGAGAACAGCAGAAGCAUAGCUACCGGCAAACAUGGGGUCGAUCCCCGAUCCCGGCGAGUUGACGGAGUCGACUCCGCCGAGUUUCGACGAGUUCCAGAGGCAGACGUCACUCAUGACUAGCUGCACUCUGCUCUGGAAGGAACUCUCCGAUCACUUUAGUUACCUUGAACAGAACAUUAUGAAGAAAUCUGAGGCCUUGAAGCGGAAAAUCCAGACUCUGGACCACGAAACCAAGGCCUCUCUCGAUUCGCUGGAGGAACGCGAGGUGACUAUCGACCGUAGCUUGGAGAUCGCAGUCAAGCGAGUGGAGGAGCAUAGGGAAGCUGCGUUGAAGGCGCUUGGGGAGGACGAAAAUCCGAACGGGGAGGUGGAUGAUGGAGACGGGAUGUUGGCGCUUCUGAAAUCUUUGUGUCGGAGAAUGGAGGCUAGGAAGCUUUGGGAAUUCGUGACUGCAAGGAAGAAGGAAAUUGAUGUCUUGAGGGAGAAAAUUCCAGAGGCUCUAGCAGAGUGCGUUGAUCCGCCGAGGUUUGUGUUAGAAGCUAUAUCGGAGGUGUUUCCGGUGGAUAAAAGAGGGAGUGAGAGAGGGAAUGACCUUGGGUGGGCUUGUGUUUUGAUGCUAGAAAGCUUGAUUCCGGUGAUGGUGGACCCUGUUAUUGGCAAUUCGAGGCUGCUGGUGACGCCUUCCGUGAAGGAAAGGGCUAAGAACAUCGCGGAGACAUGGAAGGCUAGUCUUGAGGAGAGAGGAGGAAUUGAAAAUGUGAAGACUCCCGAUGUGCAUACUUUCCUGCAGCAUCUGGUGACGUUUGGGAUUGUGAGGAAGGAGGAUCUGCAAUUAUAUAGGAAGCUGGUUGUGGGUUCUGCCUGGAGGAAGCAGAUGCCGAAGCUUGCAGUGUCCCUGGGAUUGGGUGAUGAACUGCCUGACAUGAUUAAAGAAUUGAUCAGUAGGGGACAACAGCUUGAUGCAGUUCAUUUCAGCUAUGAAGUUGGCCUAGUGGACAGAUUUCCCCCAGUCCCACUGCUGAAGGCUUUCUUGAGGGAUGCAAAGAAGGCUGCAGCUUCCAUUUUGGAGGAUCCUAAUAACCCUGGCCGGGCAGCGCAACUGGCUGCGCGCAAAGAGCAGUCAGCACUCAGGGCUGUAAUCAAGUGCAUUGAAGAGUACAAACUUGAGGCUGAGUUUCCUCCAGAAAACCUCAAAAAGCGCCUUGACCAGCUAGAGAAGGCCAAGACUGAGAAGAAAAGGCCUGCUGCAGUCCCUGCAAACAAGCGAACCAGGGCCAGCAAUGGUGGUCCCAUGCCUCCAGCCAAGGCUGGUCGCUUGACAAAUGCAUACGUAUCAUCAUCAUUUCCUUCACCACCUACGUAUGUGAGGUCACCCUCCCACGCACAAUACCCAGCUGCAGUCCCACCCUACCGAUCCCCACCCGCUGUGUAUGGAAAUAGGAGCCCUUCCUAUGCUUACUCACCUGAAGCAGCCCCUCCACCUGCUGGAGCUUACCCUGGAGCUCCAAUGAACUAUCCUGCCUAUGGUGGUUACUGCAAUGCAAUGGCACCAGCUUAUCAGCAGGCAUACUACCGAUAGACAUGAUUGCUCUGAAGAUGGUAACCACUGAUAUGACGACCAGCAACCAAUCUCAUUUACUUUCGCAAUGGCUUGUUUGUAAUCACUAACCAUUUUAAUGGUAGCGAUGUGUGUGUGUUAAUUAUAACCAGCUCUGCUUCUUGCUUUGUCAUGGUAAGAAGCUGUAUUUCUAAUGUUGCUCAAACUCUAGUACUAGGUUAUUGUGGAAAGUAAUCAUGAUGGAAACAUAACAAAGUUGAAACUCAAUGCACCUAAUGUAGGAUUGGUUAGUUGUAGAAAGUUCUUCUGAAUCCCUUUGGUUCUUAUUUCCUGGCUUUUAGAUUGUGUGUUCCAAAUGGAGCAAAAGUUUUUUCAAGGAUAAACAUUUAACUAAGAG